UUUUUAUAUUUUUAUUUCCGUUUGUGAAGAACCGUAAAACGACGUGUUAAGUUUUCCUGUAGUUUCCUUUGUAUCGUUGAUAAUUUAGAAUUGUUUUCUGUUCAGAAUUACAUAUUUCAAUCGAAAAUGAGUCCGUGGCCAGAAGUUCUGACGGCAAAGUCGGAGAACCGUCAUGAAAUCAAAUUGGCGGGCGCCGCAAUAUCUAAGCGUAUUUCAGAAGACGGUUUAGACAGGACAGUGUUUCAAUUAACUAACAUAAAUCUCCUAAAUAUAAGCGACACAUGUCUUUCAUCGAUUCCCGAUGAUAUAAAACUUCUUGUGAAUCUACAAUCGCUUUUAUUGUACGGGAACAAGUUGACGGAAUUCAAUGAUAACAUAACCUCUCUACCGAAGUUGAAAGUGCUUGAUUUGUCCCGAAACCAACUUGGUAGUAUACCUGAGGGUCUGAAUAAGAUGAAAGAGUUAAGCAGUAUUAAUUUCAGUUCAAAUCAUAUCGCAGAAAUGCCGAAAUUAGGCGACUUCCCCAACUUGAUCAUUAUUGAUCUGUCUAAUAACAAAUUGACUUCCUUUCUUGAUACCGAGAACGCUAAUUUACCACAUUUGACUGACUUGAAGAUUAAAUGUAAUGAAAUAGAGUUGAUUCCAAGCCACAUUGUACGCACAAUGCCUUCACUGAAGAAUUUUGAUAUUGGGGAUAAUAAAAUUAAGACCGUACCUGGAGAAAUUGCAGGCAUGUCCAAAUUGAAAGAAUUAAAUCUCAAAGGAAAUAAACUCGCAGAUAAACGUUUAAUGAAACUGGUGGAUCAAUGCAGGACCAAGCAAAUUAUAGAUUACAUAAGGGAACACUGCCCUAAAGAAGACAACACGCCGGCAGCAGGGAAAGGCAAAGGAAAGAAAGGUAAGAAACCAGAAGAACCACCACCUGAUGAAAUAUGCGACUUGUGUCACUCCAUGAAAAUAUUACACGUUGAAGAUGAUACAAUAAGAGUAAAACUCGUUGAGAGUGAAGUAUCGAAUAUAAGGCCUUUCAUUCUCUGCUGUGUUAUCAAUGAAUUAAACUUCAGUGAUGCCUUGUUCAAGAAGUUCAUACAGAUGCAAACAAAGCUUCAUGAUACAGUGUGUGAUAAGAGAAAUGUUGCCACAAUAGCCACACAUGACUUUGCUAAAUUACCACCCGGUGAUCUGAUCUAUACUGCCAAAUCACCAUCUAAGCUAAAGCUAAUUCCAUUAUCAAGGGCAAAGCCUUACACUGGAGAACAGCUGUUCCAGCAGCUUACAGCAGAGGCUGAUGCGUUAAGGAAGGAGAAAAAGAGGAAUGUCUACUCAGGCAUUCAUAAGUAUCUGUACCUGUUGGAAGGCAAACCAAAGUACCCAUGUCUGGAAGAUGCGUCUGGCAGAGUGAUCAGCUUCCCACCCAUCACUAACUCUGAGAAUACCAAAAUGUCUGUGGACAGCAAGUCAAUGCUAGUGGAAGUGACAUCACACUCGUCGCAAGGCGCGUGCAAGACCGUGAUGGACAAACUGUUGCAAGAAUGCUUGCUGCUGGGCAUCGGCGACGGAGACGACAACGAGUACCACACACUCACUGUGCAGCAGGUGAAAGUGGUGGACACUGAAGGUAACUUGAAGAGCGUGUACCCGUCACGCACGGACUGUGUAUUCGAUUCCAACAUCAAAGUCUUCAGGCUGCCCAAGAAAUAGUUCACUAUUCAUUUUUAUUACAGAGGAUUUUUUCCCUUUUUUUUUUGUUACAUUAUUGCUUUUUAUUUAUUCUCGAAACCGCUUGGUGCUUUGUUUAGCGUCGUUUAAAACUGGUUAAAACGUUGUAUACGAUUUACCUGCUCGCACCCUGAUUCGAUUUGGAUUUAUGUGAAAGUAGAACAUCAAAGUAAAAUGGACCUAAUGCAACCUAUUUUAGAGUCGAAUGUUGCUACUGACUUUUUAAUUUUGCAAACGUUUAGGGUUUAGAUUCCAUUUGACUCUGACGUGUUUUAAAACUGGAAAUCGACUUUUCAACUGCACGCUUUCUAAAUACGAAACUAAGGGCCGGCACAUAUUAAUUGAGGCGCAUGGCAAAGCGAGUCAGCACAAUUUAUUCGACUGCAAAGAUGGUAGCAGACUAUACUGUAAGGUGUAUAGCAGGUAUAUUAACCCAAACCCCCUCAUCGGUUUCUAAUCGGAAUAGUGUCGAAACGCUAAAUGCUAAUCGAUGCUCUCGUCACAUCUCGGAAAUUAGUUGUCCUGAUAAAUAACUAUCCACUUUAUUCUGCAUUGUAUAUAGUAGCUUGUCAUAAACAAAUGCGCCUCGCCGGGUCUACGCUGGCCCUCAGAGUACACUCUAGCACGAAAUAUUAGUAGUCAAAUUUAAAUCAAUGUAUUACAAAAAAAUCUAUUCGAAUGGGCAUAUUAUAGUCCGUCCUUUUUAAGCGUUAAUACAUAUUUAUGAAUCGAAAUUCGUACACGCACGUUCCGGAAUUAAUAAAAAAAUAUUCUUGACUAAAUAUAAAAUCGAGCAAGCGAGCCGAAGAAUUAAUUUUUUAAUCAUUGAUAUAAAAUGGUGCAAUGUUUUGCUAGCUUAUUUUCUCCAAAUAACGUCAUUAUAAUCCUGCUUGGAGAGGGUUUACACAAACCAAACAUACGCGUUAGUGGGUUCGUUUGUAUUUUUAUAUUUAUUAUAUGAUACAAUUUCGUCAUCAUUGCAGAAUAAAAGAAUGACUGUUUCUUAUCUUGUUAAAUAAAAAAGGUUUUGGUCCUUGUGAAACAGAACGCCAGGUUUUUUUAUCUGUGUAAAUAUUUUUUUUUUAGAAUUCAUGCAAAUCCGUCACUUUUCUAUUUGAUUUCAUUGUGAUAUAAUAAUUAUCAGAAUUCCACCAUUAUCUGAUAUAUAUCCUUACCAUUUUCAUGAAAUCACUCUUAAUCUAUCAAACAAUUUAAACAACAUUAAUAGGAAAAGAGGCAAAAUAAUCGGCCAUUUUGAAAAAUCUAACAAAUAAAUAUAUUUGUCUCAGUAAAUAUAUAUUUUUGUAUUGAAAUUUGUAAUUCAUUCAUGCAUAAUAAAAGAAGUUAAAUAAUUAUGUUGCCAUUUCCAAAUAACCGCCAUAUUGGAUUAUGCCAUUACCUUGUAUUGUGGAAAAAGGCUACAGCCUUACAUCCAUAGCACAUCAUUUCACUCACUUAUUAUACUUAAUAAGAGAGUGAAAUGAUAAAGUGAAAUAAUGAGUGAAUGAUAAGAACUUGAUUUCAUAUGCUCAUUUUCUCAAUUAUUCAUAAUAAUUGAGAAUGUGACGAUUAUAAAGUCUACUAUUCGCCCGCAUAAAAACUAAUAAAGGUUUUUAAGAAACCUACUACCAAUAAGGGUUUUGAGAAACCCUUAUUGGUUGCCCUAUGCACAGCGCGCGUUUAGACAACGCGCUCUGUGCUCAUAGUGCAAUUUUCAAGUAAACGUAAGUCAAACCAAGCUACAAAUGAAUCUUUCAUUUUGUAUGGCAUUGACCUGGACUUGACACUCCGGACAUCAGAUUUGACAUAUUCUUACCAAUUUUAUUUUAAAAAAUAACUUCGGCGUUACGUAUGUUAACUUGAGAAUUCCAAAAAGGUCGGGUUUAAAAAGGAGCCCACAACAAAAUGGACGAGUCUAUUUUAUUACGCCAUCACAUAAUAAUCACACAAAGGUUUGGAAAAAAACCAACAACAAAACGGACGAGUCUAUGUUUUUACGCCAUCACAUAAUAAUAGGAGCAAUAAAUUUCCAAGCUGUUUGUUUUAUCGUUUAAUUAAUCCUUUAAUCUGCUAAGGAUAAAUUUAGCUUGCACUGUCAUUGUUAAGGUAGAUAUAUUUUUUUACAAAGCAGAAGAGCUGCGGGCGAAUAUGAACUUUUGGCCUCUUUCAGAAUUAGCUAUGUCAUUAACAACCUUGUCGAUUGGAACUUCUACAAUUAAAAUAUAAUAGGUAGGCUAUAAUAGGUUCCUUAUCAGUGGAGAAUCUUCUGCACUGUUAAAUAUCUACAUUAUAAUCUGUGAUGUGGUGUAUCUUAUGUGAACAGCACAGCAUUUUACCCGACUCAUUACAUGCUUCUUAAAGAGUAUCCCUCUUUUAAAAAUAUGAAUCGGCGCAUUGCAUGAACAUAACGUCAAAUACGCACAGUUCACAUAAUAGCUUCACCGAAUAUAUAUUUUCAUGUCUGUGAUUUCGAUGUUACACAUCAAUAAAAGUUGUUUGUUCUACUAAGUGUCUUUUUAUUGUAAGAAUGAAGAAAUAAACGUUAUUUGAUAAUAAUA